AGUUGGGCGACUGUGGCGCUGCAGCGGCCAAGGGUGUAAACAGCUGGAGCGCGGGGUCCUCAGUUGUGAUGUGGGUACGGUGCUAGACGUUUGGCCACGUGCGUACGCCGCGUGUGUUCUGUUGUGUUUAUAUUUUGCUCCGUUACUGCAUUUGCCAUCAGACCGUGAUUAAGAGAGCCGCUGCCCCCUGUCUCUAUUACAGUACAACACGGGUUUCGAAUGUAACGAACGGGGCCGCGUCACUUAACAUCACUCUACCUAAUUCUUGAUCCAAGCUCGGUGGUGAUAGAGAGGUCUCGACGGCAGUCCUUGGUGUUGCAACUGUUUGUUGUCAUAACAUCUGAAGCAGGUUGCUGACUGCGUCUGCUUCAGCCGCCCCCGCAGCAACAGGUGCCUGUCGCGGCCGAUAAGGCGUCACGUGGUCCCAGGAACCGGCCGGUAGGCGAUUGCGCGCCCGGCGCAGGUCUCAAGGCGCCUCUAGUUCGCUGCUUGGCGCUGCCGCGCUACCACGUCCCGGUGUAAGCGCGUACUCCGCAGCCAUGGGGGCAAUGUUCCGCAGCGAGGAGAUGGCCCUCUGCCAGCUCUUCAUCCAACCAGAAGCCGCCUACCCUUCCGUCUCCGAGCUCGGUGAACUGGGCAUUGCACAAUUCCGGGACCUCAACAAUGACGUAAACGCCUUUCAGCGCAAAUUCGUCAAUGAGGUGCGUCGCUGCGACGAACUGGAACGCAAAUUACGAUACAUUGAGGCUGAAAUCGUCAAAGAUGGAGUAUCUGUCCCAGAAAUUGAUGAAAUACCCAAGGCACCGAACCCCAGGGAGAUCAUUGACCUUGAGGCAAAUCUGGAGAAGACAGAGAAUGAAAUAAUGGAGCUGAGUCAGAAUGCAGUAAACCUAAAGCUAAACUUUUUGGAGUUGACAGAGAUGCGACAUGUACUGGAGAAGACAGAGGGCUUCUUCACAGAACAGGAGGGCGUUGGAGCUUCUGACUCACUGACCAGGGCUCUCAUCCAGGAGGAGAGCUCCACACAAGCUGGAGCAAGUGCAUCAGCCAGGGGCAGACUAGGGUUUGUUGCUGGAGUUGUGCCAAGAGAACGGGUCCCAGCAUUUGAACGAAUGCUCUGGAGGAUAUCACGUGGCAAUGUAUUUUUGCGUCAAGUUGGGCUGGAUCAACCUCUAGAUGAACCAAAUACAGGCAACUCUGUAUAUAAAACAGUUUUUGUGGCUUUUUUCCAAGGUGAGGAACUGAAGUCUCGAGUAAAGAAGGUGUGUGCUGGUUUCCAUGCAUCUCUGUACCCCUGUCCAAGUGUCGCAGGUGAGCGUGCAGACAUGCUGGCUGGUGUUCGCACACGCCUUCAGGAUCUCACACUGGUUCUCAACCAGACACAGGACCACAGGCAACGAGUGUUAGUAGGUGUGGCUCGAGAAUUAAACAACUGGAUGGUAAUGGUACGCAAAAUGAAAGCUAUCUACCAUACUCUGAAUAGUUUCAAUAUGGAUGUAACGAACAAGUGCCUUAUUGCGGAGUGCUGGGUACCUGUGAGUGACCUCCCAAAGCUGAGGAAAGCACUUCAAGAUGGUUCAAAAGCCUGUGGCAGUUCAAUUCCAUCUUUCCUCAAUGCAAUUGAAACAUCAGAAACGCCACCAACAUUCAACAGAACAAAUAAAUUCACUGCAGGUUUCCAGAACCUAAUUGAUGCAUAUGGAGCAAUAAGUUACCAGGAGCUUAACCCAGCUUUAUACACAAUCAUCACUUUUCCAUUCCUGUUUGCCAUAAUGUUUGGUGAUGCUGGACAUGGCCUUAUCAUGUUUGCAUUUGGACUGUAUAUGGUUUUAACAGAGAAGAAACAUAUGAAACAGAAGAGUACUAAUGAGAUCUGGAACAUCUUUUUUGCUGGUCGUUACAUCAUACUUCUAAUGGGUACAUUUUCAAUGUACACUGGGUUAAUCUACAAUGAUUUCUUCUCCAAAUCAGUUAAUAUUUUUGGUAGCAAUUGGAAUGUGUCUUAUGAUGAAUCAACUCUCAAAGCAAAUCAUGAACUUCAGCUAAGUCCCAAAAAUGAUUAUGGUGAUUCUAUAUACCCCCUAGGAAUGGAUCCUGCUUGGCAGCUGGCUGAAGCAAACAAGAUCAUGUACCUGAACUCAUAUAAAAUGAAGUUAUCUAUAAUAUUUGGAGUUCUUCACAUGAUAUUUGGAGUGUGCCUUAGUGUAGUGAAUCAUGUGCAUUUUCGGAAGCGAAUCAAUAUUGUCUUGGAAUUUCUACCUCAAGUUCUCUUCCUCGUUCUGUUAUUUGGAUACCUGGUCUCUCUCAUGUUUGUGAAGUGGGUUGUAUACAGUGCAAAGAACGAGCUGCUGACAAGUGAGCACUGUGCACCAAAUGUGCUUAUCACAUUUAUCAAUAUGCUGCUUUUCAAGCAAGCAGAGCCAUUGUGCAAUAGUGAGGGCAAAGACUGCUGCAACAUAUAUAUCUUUGAGAGUCAAGGAACAGUGCAGCAAAUUAUGGUGUUUGUUGCACUUCUUUGUGUCCCAUGGUUGUUACUGGCGAAACCACUAUACAUUAUGUGUUCUCGUAAGAAAAGCAGACAGCAGGUGUCAGCAUCUGAGAAUGGUGAUGUAAAUCAAGGCAUUGAACUGCGUCAGGAAAAUGAGGAGGUUGGGGCAGUUACUCCAGCAGAUGGGCAUGAUGGCCAUGGAGAAGAUGAUAUGACUGAAGUUUUCAUUUACCAGUCCAUACAUACUAUAGAGUAUAUUCUCAGCACUAUCUCUCACACAGCUUCAUAUCUGCGACUAUGGGCUCUGUCACUUGCACAUUCUCAACUUUCUGAAGUGCUGUGGACAAUGGUCCUGCGGAUGGGACUGACAGCAGAAGGCUAUACCGGUGCAAUUAUUCUCUACAUUAUGUUCCUAGCUUGGUCUUUCCUCACUGUUGCCAUUUUGGUUUUGAUGGAAGGUCUUUCAGCAUUUCUUCACACACUAAGGCUCCACUGGGUGGAAUUCAUGAGCAAGUUUUAUUCUGGUGCUGGGUACCUUUUUGCCCCAUUUUCAUUCAAAAAUAUUUUAGAGCAAGAUGAUAAUGAACAGUAGUGUUCACUAUGAUAUAGAAAUGGUAUUGUAUAUAGUGUUAGAUAUGUGUAAAAUAUGUAUUUAUUAAGAACCAUGUAAUAUAGUAAUUAAGUACGAAAACAGAUGAUAUUGGGAUGGGUAGUGAAAAAGUCGCUUGGUUUUUAAAAUGUAAGACAUGAUAAUUGACAUACUGUACAACAACAAGAAAAAUUAAUAAAUUUUAACAUUAGUGCUCUUAGCUGAAAGAGAGUUAAAGAAAGGUAUACACAAAAAAGAAAAGAAUACAUCACUGAUAGUUAUUAUUUCCAUUUCCAAUUUGAAAGCUGAUGUUCAGAUUGUUUUUCAGCCCCACACAAUGUAUUUAUUUACGUAGUUUAUAAUAUUCAUCUCCUUCAGUUACAGUAAUUUUACACUUAUUUCCUUCACAUUCACGCUGCUGCGUAGAAUUGGUUUUCAAAUCCUUUACGUGAUGUGUCAUAUUAAGCUCAUCUAACUUUGCAGGCUCUUUCAUAAAUCUGUUCUCCUGAGAGAAAGAGUAAAUAUAUAUUUUACAUUAUUGCAAGUUGUUUUUUAUUCUGACAUGGAUUUAAAUGAAUUUUGAAAAUCUAAGAGUAGUUUUUAUUUCUUUUAUUAAAAUAUCAUGUAUGCUGUCCCAAUAGGGAUUCUAAAAGACUGUUAUACAUUUCUGCUGUCAUGUACUAUAUGAAUCAUCUUCCCAGAUUUUCACAUUGGAUAUAUUUAUAUACAAAAUGCAUUUUAGGAAUGAAUCUCACUGUUCUACAGAACAGAAGACAAAUGGAAAUAGUCAGAAAUCAUAAUGCUGUUUUAAUAGAAGCAUGAAAAUCAUUUUAUGAUAGGAGUAAUUCAUUUCCUGUAUUGGGGAAUAUUUGUAAAUAAUAUUCUCAUUUUUAAGUGACAAAAAUAUUAUUCGUCUAUGUAAAUACAUAUUUUAUUGGUUAUGUGUAGAUUUUAUUCACUCAUAAGAAAAAUGAUGUGAUAAAAUUGCUAUAUGAAUAUUUAAACAGAGUUUUAUACUGAAAAUAUGGAAAAAAAGUAGUUUGCAGUAUUACUUGGCAACAAAUCCGAAUAAAAUCUGCUUGUAUAAUUACAUACUAGAAGUAGUUACUAAGGAGAAUGGAAAACUACAAUAUGGCAAGUAUUAUAUGAUUUCCCAAAUUUCUUUUUCAAAAUAUGGAAAGAAACUGCAGCAGUCCAAUCCACUUAAGAAGUGAAAAGGUUCAUGAAUUGUUUUCUUAUUGUUCUGGUAAUGUGUAACAGUCCUAGAUUAACAUGAGAUUUUAACACUGAAUUGUUUGAUAAACAAUGUCUUUUUUGUUUCAAAUGUUGAAUUCUUCAUAACAUAUUAACUGUAUUCUCUCUGACAUUGCAUGAGCCCCAAGUAUUGUCCAAUUAUGCAGAUACUUCUAUACCAUAGCAUUUUAUAUUCUUUUAACAUCACAUCAGAGAUGGUUAUUUGAGAGAUGCCUCUGUUUCCAGUUUAGUCAUACUGUAUCUUUGUUGGACAAAUUUUGCUCUUGCUGCUAUCCAGGUUGCCUGUUUCUUUAAAUGUUCAUUGUGUUUGCGAAGUAUUACUCAGUAUAGUACAGUAUUGUUAACAUUUGAAAGACAUAAAACCUACAAUGGUUUGCCAUAAGUGAUGCCAUUCACUAUGUAUAUCUCUCUGUGUGUGUGUGUGUGUGUGUGUGUGUGUGUGUGUGUGUGUGUGUGUGUGUUUAUGUAUAAAGUUGUGAAAAAGAGGAAAGAGAUAAUGUUGUAAAGAUGUAUUAGUUUCCAACAAAUAUUUUCUAUGUGCAUGUAUUUUUAUAAAAAUACAACAGAAGCAAUUAUGUUUUAAAAUUAACUAAAUGGCAGUGUAAAAAAAAGAAAAAUAAAUAUUGUGAUGAGUGAUCAUUUUGCUUAGGAGUUGUGGUUUUUGGAAAUUGUAGACAACUUAGUGAAGGUCACAAAUGUGCAAAUAAAGCAACUGUGAUACCUGUA